GGGUGUUACUCAAAAGGGUCUCUCAGUCCAGGCUGGGAAGGGAGAACUCCUCUAUUUCAUAAGCCAGGAUCGUCAGAGGGAAUUUCGACACGUCCUGGCUGAUCUCACGACUCGGCUUGUCUUCUUUCUCCUUCGUUUGAAGAAGCAUUCUUCGCCUCUGGCCUUGGGGGAACCGGAGAGAUAGGAGGACGCCACGUCGCUCAUCCAGGAGGCACCUGCACAGAAGACCUCAGGGUGACCAGCAUCGGAAGAAGAUGGUUAUAUUGCAGAUCUCUUUCUUGAUCUUAUGCUCUGUGUCUCAAGCCACAGGUUGUUUCCGACUCAUCACCCCCUCGAAAUGGGGAGCCAAGGUGGCCAACUGCUCCCAACCGUUGAGGGAUGUCCCGGCUGAGUACGUGGUCAUCAUCCACACGGCUGGCAGCCCUUGUCGGACUCACCGCGACUGCCACAAUGAAGUCAAGAUGCUCCAGAACUACCACAUGAGCCUCAAAGGAUGGUGCGACAUUGCGUACAGUUUCCUGAUUGGUGAGGAUGGCUACGUGUACGAAGGGCGGGGUUGGCGCAAUGAAGGAGCCCACACCUAUGGCUACAACGACCUCUCCUUGGGGAUUGCUUUCAUCGGCACUUUUGUGGAACGAUCCCCUGAAGAUAAGGCUUGGAAAUCUCUCAGGUGCUUCCUUGAUUUCUCAGUGAAAAUUGGCUACCUGUCCCCUGAAUUUAUAAUGUUGGCCCACAACGAUGUCAGUGACACAGUAUCUCCUGGAGAAUUUAUCCGUGCUGAGAUUGCCAAGUGGCCAAACUACAAGCAUUCCCGUAACAUUUUGAAUCGUGGUGGACAAUAAACCUCACCGAUAAAGAAAAUAAUCUGAUUUUCCUUCAUGAUGAAGAAAAAAAACUGAUUUCCCUUCCUGAUCAAGACAAUGAACGAAUUUUCUGUCCUGAUCAAGACAAUGAACGAAUUUUCCUUCCUGAUCAAGAAAAUAAUCUGAUUUUCCUUCUUGGAUCCCUAAUGAAACUUGAUGACUCAAGUUGUGGACUGGCCGCGUUCUGAUUUUUGAUGGACUUUUUAGGAGUUUUUAACCCACGAUCUUCUCUCGUGCCACGAUGCACGAUGUUUCUUGUAUCUUGUCUCGCUUGUGUUUUUUGUUAUUGUUCCUCUGUUUUCCAUUGUGCCUUUUUUUUUUAAUCGUUCCUCUUCAAUUAAGUUGAAUGUAAUAUUUUCCCAGUUGUGUUUUUGUUAUUGUUCCUCUUCAAAUUAGGUCUCACCUUUUCUGGCUGAACUGAGUCCCGGGAUGGAAAGAGAAUUGCGUUUCAUUAGAAAGAUAACCCAGG